AUGGUUCCUCCACCUUUCCAGCCCUCCAGCCUGAUCCGAAUCUUCAUCAGCUCAGUUUUUUCAGACAUGGCUGCAGAAAGAGAGAGACUGCUGGAGGAAGCAUACCCAGAAGCACAGGCCUUCUGUCAGAAGCACGGGCUAAAGUUUGAGGUAAUUGACUUGAAGUGGGGUACUUCUGAGCUUGUAGACCCUGAUCACAGAAACGCACAACUCUCUCUGGAGGAAACUGAAGCCUGUCAGAAACUGUCAGCUGGUCCCACCUUCAUUGAAAGUACCAGCACUGUGGGGCUCCUGGGGGACCACCACAGGCACCAGGCUGUGCCAUGGCUCAUUGCAGAGGAGGAAUUUGAGACCCUAACUCUGCAGCUGUCAGAGGACCCUGCCCAGCUCCUGACACAGUGGUACCAGCAGGAUGAGAAUGCAUUGCCCACCUGCUACAUGCUGCAGCCAGCUGCUGGGCAGGCCUGGCUGUGCCUGGAGGGAUGCUUGGCCUCAGUGCUGUGGGUGGCAGCCCAGAAGGCAGAGAGGCGUGGGCUGCUUGGCCCGGAGCAGAGGCACCACUACCACAAAUCAGUGAUUGAAUGGGAGAUUGAACAGGGUCUCCUCAAUACCAAGGAGGGCAACCCCAGGGCUAUCAUAUUCCUCAGAGAGGCUGAGGAUUCCCACAGACAAAUUGGGCAAGUGACAAACAGUGAGCUGUUAGAAAAAGAGGGCAAUCUGGAGAGUGAAGAGAAACAGCUGCUCAACAACCUUAAAGCAAAAAUUGCAAGCCAUCAUCCCAAACACCUCAAAGUACAUACACUGGCAUACAGUAAAAACUCUGGGAACCCUCAGCAUAAGAAUAACAAAUACCUGAAAGAACUCUGUGAGCAGUUCACUGCUGUUACUCAUCACCAGGUUUUAGAGAAUGUUCAACACCACGGACAGAUCAGGCAAGAUACCAUAAGCAUGAUUUGUUUGCUGGGGACAUCCCAGCUCAGUUCUGCCAUUCACAGCCUGCUGAAGGACAUUUGUCUUCAAGUGUGUUUAGCAUUUGAUUUGCCACCACCUCCAACCCAGACCAAAGAGGCUUGCAGUGAUUUAGUCUUGUUCUUCAGCAAACUCCUCCUCACUGUCUCCCACUGUGGCACACAGACACUGGUGGUGUUCCUUGACUCUGUGGAGAGAUUGCUUCCUGGUAACGGUGCUCACAGAUUCCACUGGCUCCCUACAGAUUGCCCUCCAAAGGUCCACAUCAUCAUUUUCAUCUCCACAGCAGAGCCUGAUACUCUCAAAGCUCUCCAACCUGCUGUGCCUGAGGCUGAAGCAUACUUUGAAGUAGGACCCUUGUCCAGUGAGGAAGGUGAGGAGAUGCUAGAGAUGCUCUUAGCAGCUUCCCAAGUGGUGUUUUUCAAGCUGGCCUUCCACGAGGCCAGAAAAUGGGCAUCUUACACUUCACCUUCAGAACUUACAAUUGCUAGCACAGUCUGGAACGCCAUGCACCAUCUAUGUGAGAGACUGGAAAAGUCACACAGCACGGUCCUUGUGGCUCAUGUGCUUGGCUAUGUUGCUUCCUUACGAAAUGGGGUGUCAGACAUGGAGUUGAAGGACAUUUUAUCCCUUGAUGAUGAAGUUCGCUCAGAGAUUCACCACUGCCACCUUCCUUCAAGUAAAACUAUCCUGCGCCUUCCUCCUGUACACUGGGCAUGGCUACACAGUGACAUGAGAGAGCUAUUUGUUGAAAUUUUGUACAGUCGUUAUCUAUCAAAACAAGACCAAAUCAAGAGGCUUCUGGCAGAUUUCUUCAAGGGGACUUGGAGCUGGGAAAUGAAGAAACCUCUUAAUUUCCCACAUCUUAGCAGGACUUUGAAUGCUGACAGGAAGGUAGCCCCUCAGCCACUCUGGUUCUCCGAUACUGUUGCAAAUCUGAGGAAGUUGAAUGAAUUGCCAUUUCAUUUACUUAAUGCUGGAGGAACUGAGGAGCUACAACGGGAUGUGCUGGGGAAUAUGAACUGGAUCAGCUGUAAGACAGUUGCCUCUGGAAUAGACAGUGUUGUUGAUGACUUUGCCAUGUGACAUAUCAGCUGCUCAGAAUUACGCCUCAUGCAGGACACACUUCUGCUUCUGAAGCCAGCAGCCAGCAGUGUACACAGCCCUGAAGGACUGAGUAUAAUAUACACAGACGUGUUGGCCAGGCUGCUGGUUUUGGUGCCUUCUUACCCAGAGGUAAUCUGGAAGCUGUGCCAGCAGAGUCUGAGCUGGUGCAGUGUCUGUCCCUAUCCUGUUCUCAUUCCCCUGUGUGGAUUUCUGCAGCCAGCUGGUGGGCCCCUACACACCACGAUCACUGGAUUCCUCGAAGGUGUCACAGCGAUGGCACUUAGUUCUGAUUACCGGCUGCUGGUGGCAGGUUCCCAGGAUGACUCAAUGCUUGUCUGGAAUAUGGAAGUUUUUGAGAUGCUGCAUGCCCUUCCUGGGCACUCUGCUGAGGUGAGGUGUGUGAAAGCGUUUGGAAAAGGAACCUGUGCUGUUUCAGCUGCCAUGGAUCACAGUCUGCACAUCUGGAAUUUGAUUUCUGGCAGAGCAAGGUUUGUUAUCCAGGAUACACAUAUUGAAGAACAGCCCUCACAUCACCUUCACGUGGCUGAAGCGCGCGUGAUUGUAUAUUCUUCCUCAGAUACAAAGAUUUCUGGCAAGGCGUCAGAUGCAUGGCUGUGUUCUGCAGUGUUCAGCCCAAGGCUGGGGAUCAUUACUGUGUCUGGAGGAGGAACGCUGAGCCUGUGGAACAGCAGCACUGGCGAGCUGAGAUCCAAACGGCAGCUGUCAGGGCUACAGGAAGAAACACCAACUUGCAGUGGGGGAUCUCUAUCCAUGAUUUCUUCUGAUGGACACAGUCUGCUAGAGAAGCUUCCUGGAAGGGUUUGUUUUGUGGUGGCAUCAGAAGAUGAGUCUAUUCUUGUUGCAGGCUUUGGGGCGUAUGUGUGGGUAUACCUGGCAGCCUCAGAAGGAUUCUAUAGGUUGCUGGCAGCAGAUUUGGAACACGAAGGAGUGGCUGCUAUCUCUGCUGGCAACAGCAUUAUUGUUACUGGUUCUCAGACUGCAUCUAUUUGGGUGUGGCAUUUAUCAGACCAGGGGCUGCUGACUGACACACUGGAUGGCAUGGGAGCACCAGUAACACUCUUAGCCCUGUGCGACUGCAUUUUCGUUUCCAUCUCCCUCAGCACACCUGCACUACAAGUGUGGAACCUCACCUACAACCAGCAGCAGAAAACCUUGGCACCUGGCCCAAAUGCAGGCUGGGCCGCCCUGUCCCAUGGGGGGAACUACGCCUAUUUUAGCCAGCCUGAAGACAGACAGAAAGUUGUCAUCUGGAACACCACAGAAGGUGAGGUGUGUGACACACUGGACACCUCUGCCCGAGUGAGAUGCCUGGAAAUAGCGGAACAAACCCAGCUCCUUUUCACAGGGCUGAUAUCUGGAACAGUCCUUGCCUUUCCACUGAACUCCAGGCAGGAUGUAGCAUGCAUUUCACCUCCAGAGUCACAGAAACCAGUCAAUUAUAUGGCAAUCAACAAGCAGGAAAAGCAGCUUGCCGUAGCAUACGAUGAUUUAGUCCUUGUGCUGGAUACUACCCCUGCAGAUCCUUGCCCAGUGAUCGACAGACCCGCCUACACCUUUAAAACGCAGAUCCCUGCCUCGAUUUCCAGAGUGGCUGUCCUUGCAGAUUACAGAGCCCUCUAUGGCACCACUAGCGGGGACUUAAUCCUUUACGACUGCCCUCGGGCCCAAGUGUUUCCUUUGGAAGGUCACAGAAGCCAGAUCUCCUGUUUGGAAAGCAGCCAUGGAGAGCAGCAGGCACUCAGCGAAUCUGAAGAUUCCCUGCAGUGCCUCUGGCCCAGGUCUCUCCUGAAAGGCAUUUGCUGUGCUUGCUCUUCAAAAGACGGUAAGUAUUUGUACACUGGGGCACUGGAUCAGUCCAUUACAGUCUGGGAUGUUGCAAGUGGUGCCAUGCUGGCUGCACAGUGUGUAUACACAACCCCUAACAGAAUUGUACCAACUGCAGGUGGAUUUGCUGCAAUAACAAAAGCCGGUUAUAUAACCCGUGAGACGUUUCACUGCCCUAAGACUGCCCCUCCUGGGUAUAACCCACUCCAGAACUUCACCGCGAUGUGUACA